CGAGUCCGUUCGCACGUUAUGUCGCUCGUGUGCGCCGCCGUGAUCAGCCCGCGAAACGCGCCCGUGCACGUGCAGACCUUCGGCGAGCUCGUGGGCGACGACGACGAGUCCGCCGACCACGCCGUGCAGCGGACCCUCCACUGCUCGCUCGACGCCGUCGAGGAUCUCCUGGGCAGGAUCGACAGGUCGUCGAUAGCGUCCGCGUCCGGGGGCAGCGGCGCCGCGGUGGCGACGACCGGCCGCGGGCCCAAGGACCCGUACCUCGGACCCGUGUUCCGCACGGAGGAUCACCAGGUGCACGCGUGGGUGACGAACACUCGCGCCCGGCUCUUGCUCGUGUACGAGGACCGGAUCGGUUCGGAGCCGAGCGCGGAGACGGUUCGGGCGGCGUUUAAAGCCAUGCAAGACGCCUACGCGGACGCCGUGAGCGACCCGUUCGCGACGAAGGAGGGCAAGAUAGAAUCCACGAGGUUCGCACGGCGCGUCGCGGCGCUCGCGACGGGGACGCACGGGCAGUAGGCACCGUUAGUUAGGUAUCAGAUAGAGAUCGAUAACACAAGUGUAUAACAAUACGAGCUCAGUCCUGGCU